UGUUUACUGUCGUUUUAUCUCUAACAACCGUAUUGUCGUACUUAUAUCCUGAUUUAAUCAUUUUAUCAUGAGAAGUAUUGAUCACCAAUUCAUAAUUAUGAAUCAAAUGUGCCUAUUUUUUUCACUGUCUACUGAGUACACCUGGACCCCCUGCGUUGCAUUUAACUUGCUCAUAUAGGUAUAGCAACACCUAAAUUAGAAAAUUUACUUUUGUCUCCUUUAUUUAUUUCCAUUAUAGCUUACUUCUAAUUAUUCGCAUUUCAUACAUAUAUGCACAACACCUCGAACAUGAGCCCUCAACUACACCAUUCGUUGUAAGUGCGGAUAGUCCUUUCAAAAACAAUACGUCACUUCUCUUGGCGGUGCGCCUGACGUAAAACACGAAACAAAUGCAGGCAUGCCUGGCACUGUCAAGUACUUCGGCGAGCUGGAGGACCAUUGCUUCUGGGGCAAUGAAGUGAAACUCUAUGAAUAUCAUGUGGAUAAGCUCUUCGCAAUGUUUUGGCACAAGAAGCCAAAGAUCGGCUACUACGUAUGCACCAUUAGCAAGACAUUUUCCAAACCAGGCCAACACAUGGUGGAGUGCACAAAGGACAAGCUGUGGGAGUACAUUCAGGAAAACGAUGGCACCCUACCACUUAAGAAUGCAGAUGACACCGUGAGUUGCGAUGCCCAAUUCAUGUUUGAACCGACAAGAAGGCCACCAUCACGACGAACUGUUUAUGGUUUCGCCAUCACGCCAACAUUUGUGAGGGUGACAUCUGCUUUCCACUUCAACCAUGCGGACCGGCGCUACCUUUCUCUCACCAUCCACUGUCUUUUGAUGCAAUGCCGUCAGCCCCUUCCAUUGCAUAUGAAUAUCAUCCAUCUAGCAUAUUUAGCUUAUCUCUAAGACUUCAUUUCCUUGCGUUGUAAUGAUCGGACGAACUAUGCUUCUCUUUGAUGGAUUUUUGGAGCAUCUUAACCUUCGAUUUCAAUCGAUGUCUGUGCUCUCGCAUCCGUUCUGUAAGACCAUGAUCUACAUGUUAACAUAGAUCUCCUACCUUGUCUGUUUGCUAUGCUAUGAAUGCACACUAUAAUGAGCAGUUUCUCUUAA